AUGGAAAUGGUUUUAGAAUAUGUUGAUUUAAUCGAAUCAUUAAUUAUCGAUAAUUUGGGCGCAAUUAUUAUUGUUGUUGUUAUUGUUGGUACAUAUUUAUAUAUGAAUAAACCUCCACCACCACCACCAAUUCCACAAAACAAAAAAGCACCAAUCAAACCACAAAGAACAGAAUCGAAUAAAGGUGGCAAGAAGGAAAAUAAAGAGAAAGAAAAGGUAAUGAAAAUCUUUUUUGGUACACAAACUAGAACUGCAGAAGAUUUUUCACGUAUUAUCGAAAAGGAAAGUAAAAAGAUUGGUAUCCCAUGUGAAGUUGUUGAUUUAGAAUCAUAUGAUGUAGAAGAUUUAGCUAAUGAAUGGUUUGUUAUGUUCCUCGUUUCAACUCAUGGUGAAGGUGAUCCAACAGAUAAUGCCAAAGAGUUUUAUUUAUGGUUAACUAAUGAUGAACGUCCAACCGAUCUUUUAACUGGUGUACCAUUCACUGUUUUUGGUUUAGGUAAUAAAACAUAUGAGCAUUAUAAUGCCGUUGCAAGAGUUAUCGAUAGAAGAAUGGAAGAACUAGGCGCUAAAAGAGCUUUUGAAAGAGGUGAAGGUGAUGAUGAUGCUACUCUCGAAGAAGAUUUCAAUCACUGGAAAAAGAGAAUGUGGCCAGUUAUUUGUCCAUUCCUUGGUUAUGAAUUAAAAGCCACAGAUGAAGAUAAAUUUGUACCACGUUUCAGAAUGGUCACUUUAGAUUCUGAAAAUAAAGAUAUCACUAAUCCAUUCCUUAAAGUAGUUCCAACUAUUUCAAAACCAAAAACUUCAGUUGAUGGAAAAACUAUUUAUGAUAUUAAAAAUCCAUAUUAUGCAACUAUUACAGAAAAUAGAGAAUUACAUUCAAGUGAAUCAGAUAGAUCAUGUAGACAUAUUGAAUUUGCAUUAGGAGGUGCAGUUACUUAUCAAACUGGUGAUCAUUUAGGAAUUUACCCAAUUAAUGAUGGUGAAUUAGUCGAAAAACUUAUUCAACGUUUAGGUGUUAAUGGUGAAGAAAUAAUUUCAUUAAUUCCAGCAGAUCAAGAAGGUAAUAUUAUUAAAGCAUCAUUUGGCCCAAUGUCAAUUAGAAAGGCUUUAUCAGAACAUUUCGAUAUUACAAAUCCACCAAGAAAAUCAGUUUUACGUACCCUCUCUGAAUACACCACCGACGAACAAGAAAAGAAGAAAUUAUUACGUUUAGCCUCAGAAGAAGCAUCAGAAGAAUAUAAUCAAUUCAUUAAACAUGACUUCCGUAGUAUUGGUGAAUUAUUGGACAAUUUCCCAAAUCUUAAACCAAAUAUUGCACACUUUUUAGAAUUCAUCCCUCGUUUACCAGCUCGUUAUUACUCUAUCUCUUCAUCACCAAAUCACAAGAAAGAUACAGUUUCUAUUACUUCAGUUGUUGUUAAUUUCACUACACCAACUAGUCGUUUCCAUAAUGGUGUCGCCUCUACUUGGUUAUCAAACUUAAAAGUUGGCGAUAAAGUUCCAUUAUUCGUUAGAGAAAGUCAUUUCCGUUUACCAUCCAAUACUAAUAAACCAGUCAUUAUGGUUGGUCCAGGUACCGGUUUAGCACCAUUUAGAGGUUUCCUUCAAGAGAUGCAACACAAGAGUGUUAAUUCUUCCGAAUCUCUUUUAUUCUUUGGUUGCCGUUCUGAUACUAUCGAUUAUCUCUACAAAGAAGAAUUGGAACAAUACAAGAGUACUGGUGUUAUUGGCGAUCUCAUUGUAGCUUUUUCAAGAAAAACAAACGAAAAAGUUUACGUUCAAAAUAAAAUCAUGGAACAUAAACAUAAAGUUUGGGAUCUCAUUCAUAAUAAGGGCGCUCACUUUUAUAUUUGUGGUGAUGCUAGAAAUAUGGCCAAAUCAGUUCAACAAUCUUUAGUUUCUUUAAUUAAAGAAUUAGGUUCAAAAGAUGACAACUCUGCUCAACAAUAUAUUGAGGAUAUGGAAUCUGUAAAAAAAAUUAUAAAUAUAUCCUCAAUUGUUGGAUUUUAUAGUAGACAAUGUGGAUUUUCAAUUUAUUCAUCCACAAAAUUUGCAGUAGAGGCUAUUACUGAAGGUUUACAAGAGGAUGUUAUUCAUGUUUCUUCUAUUUUACCAGGUUAUUUUUAA